AGUGCAGUAUCAGAUUCGGUUUAUUACACGCUUCCCCGAGAUUUCCCGUACUGAUGCUACCCGAGAAGGACAUGCAUGUGAGCAACAAUCUCCAGAAUGUUCCGAGUUCCUCGUCAUACAUACGCACCUUUUAUAUACAUCCACUAACUAUGGAGUAAAUCUGAGUUCCGAAAAGUAGCCAUGGACGAUUCUUUUUCUUAUAGUCUUUUUAGGAAGACGAAGCUCUCAUUCUUGGAUUUCGAAACCUUCAUCAUUUCGAUUUCUUGUAUUUUUUGACCGGAAGCCUGCUACCUCGUCUUUGGUCUGAGGGGUAGUUGGCAGAUCUCGUCUGCGCCUACCUCACUAGCGUUCCAUCUGCUUGGGAGCGUGUACUCGUAUGAGACCCACCCGGAGCGUGUACUACGGCCAGACUGCUUCCUACGCAGCCUUCACCAUAGACAAUGCCGCCCUGCCGCUGUUUGAAUCGCAGGUGGAAGUUUUGGGCGAACGAUGAAGUCUGGUCUUUUGCUAGUCUGUGGAUAAGCCUCGACGUGGUCCGGAUCAUCUGCCUCUCUCUGUUUUUGGUGCAUGCCUGCAAGCACGGGAUAUUCAUGCUGAUACUGCUUGUCGCAGUGCUGUCAUUCUUAUUGGAUUGCACCUUUCCGUGGUGGAGUAAACGAGGCUACCUGAACGACGUAGACCGGAGCCGGCGUGGUCUGAACUUCACGCUGGGUGUUCGGUUUCUCCUGGAACUUCUCUACUUAUGAACUAUAGAUUCAUCAUGAGGUAGUUAAAGUUGUUUUUUUGAUGAUCUACUUCGCAUACUUACUAGAUGAUUUUAUUUAUUAUAUUCCUCUUGUUAUCUGAAUUUGCUUGACCACAGAGACAGAAGCUUAAGUCAGCGCCACAUUUGUAAAAGAGUUCGUUGCGCAAAAAGCCAUUGACAAUUCUUGUCACGGCCUCCAAGUGAUGCAACCUCAUGGUUUGCGCGCACCUUGUCUGGACACAGCGCUCGUGCUGUCUGCGAUCCGAGUGUCCAGCCGAGUACAAUCAGCAGCAUUUUCAGCGGCAGAGGUCCCAAUGAAGAGUUCACCUUCGACUGCUCAGACGGCACGAGUGUAGACCUCAAGGCGAACAACGGGAUGAUAAACUUCCCACCGGAAGAUCAAGUGCAAUGCUACAUGGUGCAGCGCGGAUUCAUCAUGUGGUCAGCGCUUCUCUUUCUCGCCACCUACAGCAUGCUCAGCCUGGCGUUUAUCGUCUUCUCCUUAUGACUUACACUCACUUCGAAACACAAAAAACUGUCUGAGUCUACUAUAACGAAGGUCAUAUAAUAAGUAAUUGAGUUGCGCUGGCAUAGUAUUGCUAAUGGUGCAUUGACAGUUCAUCUUGAUGAACAACUAGUAAACAGGUGUGAAAAAUCUUCAUCACGCAUAGCUAUUACUUCAACAUGUUGUAACUACCUUGGCAUUGGCAAAAAUAUGGAGGACAUCAAUAGUACAGAAAGAAACCACUACGAUAUGGAGAAUAUACAGAAUUAACGACUUGCUCGUCCUACUUUUGCUCAGUUCUAAUUUCUGUCAUUUUUCUGUCGGAGAACGCUUAUUCCAUCACCCUGCAGGAGGAUUUUGCUUUCAAAGAGCAGCUGGUUGGCACCAUCACCAGAGAAGAUAUCAUAGCACGUGAAGCGGAGAAUCAGCAGAGUUUUCACGUUCUCAUUGACACUGCAUACAGUAUGGCAUAUCUCUCGAGGUGUGGAGCUUCAUCUGUAAUUGAACAACAAGAAGAAACCUAAAUUUAUACGCAAGGCGACAUCCUCCAGCAAGUAGUCGUGGAGGAGGACAAGCGACUGCAGCGACUCCCUCACGAUUUGGUAGCAAUUAUACUUGUAAAGUUCGCUGAACUGCAUCAUGCAAAAAGUAGAAUGCAACAUGUACAGAGCGAGCACGAACGUGCCGGGUACAAGCAAGUAUCGACAUUUUCUAAUCCUCGUUUCCUCCGCAUGAUUCUCGGUCUGUAUGGUAUCCCGCAGAAGAAUCGGGAUCUAGUUUUGCGAACGAUUGUGGGAUUUUUCGGGGUCCAUAAUCUCACCCUCGGAGACGUGCGAAUUGGGAGAACCUUGGCACAAGGCAAGCCCUUCGGUGGAACCCUUCCGACGGCGCAUCUUACCAGAGGACAGCCGAUAUCAAGGUACUGCGCUACUCGUCCCGCCAUUUUUUCUCCUUAUUUUCGUAUCGAUCUAGCAGCAACAGGUAGAUGUAGUAGUUUAAAUGUGGAUAACAUUGAUGACGCUGUAGUUCUGGCUGCUGCUGUUCUGAAGAAUUCAUUCGCAGAGCGAUUACAUUUUCGGAAUUAUCUACAGCGUCACCUCCACUCAUCUGCGUACUCAAUGCUACCAACAAAAUAUAUCAGGUCUGAAGAUUUCGAAGAGAUCAACUUUGUGUUGACAUUUAUCGGUUAUGCCUGGUUGGCUUACGGGUACAAUGAGGAAGAGGAGCCCGAGCGGCCUCUUGCUGCGUGUUGCCGUGUAAUCGGCAGAUGGUUCGGUGGUGGAGGUAAAAAGAUUGCCCAGAAUGUGGACGCUGCGAGCAGGCUCGCGCAGCAAGCUGGCCGUUUAGAUGUGCCUGGUGACGAUGAGGAGGAUGAAGAAAAUGUCGACGACGAGAAUACUGCAGAAGAUUCGACAAGAAGAAGUACAGCAUCACGGGUAGUUGACCCCGCGUCUAGAAGAAGUAGUAGAGCAUCGGGCACAUCGUGGUCUUCAGGAAGUGCGCCUGCCCCACUAGAAGUAGAAGUCCCGAAGCCGAGUCCACCCCCUCCUGGUGUGAGAACAAACUUUGCGACGGGGAGGAAGGGGAAAACCAAUACCAAGCGGCAUAAUCCAAAUAUGAAACGUGAUGAAGAGCAGGAUCGAAAGUUCGAACGGGAUAUGGAAAAAUACCUAAAAUUGUUGCAGAUACGGCAAACACGAAUGUUUCGUGUGCAGGAGCAGGCCGACCGCCUCAAGCGGCAAGAAAGGGCACGAGAAAAGCGGCAGCAGCGAGACUUGGACAAUAAAACGAAAACACGACUGCUGGAAGAACGCGAACGCAUCUUGCAGUCCGAAGUGUCGAGACUCACAAACUCCGGUCGUCUGCUAUCAUCGACCUCUGCAGCAAGAUCCUUUGGCAGAUCUACUGGCGCUACUUUGUCCACUUCAUCAAAUAGAGGCUGGGCAACCUCAGUAGCCAUCACACCUUUACAAAUCUAUUCGCUGGACGAUGAGGAAGAAGUCAAAAACGUUUCCUCAUCACAAGCAAAUUACACCUUAGGACAGCCUGUAGAUCAACAUCAAACGGGCAAAGUUUGGCGAGGACAGAGACAGGCAGAAGGAGAAGCUCUUUCCGAUGAAGAAAACGACAAUUAUUACGGACAAGAACCGGAAUUGUAUUUAGAUGCAGACGAAGAACCAGCACAGCUUGAUAUAUCGAGUCGGCCGACCAGACCUGCCUCUUGGAUAUCUCAUGCGGAUAUGGGAUCACAGCAUCAAGCUCCAAAGCUGUUCUCGCAUCGCGGUGAGGACUAUGCUCCUGGUCCUCCCCUUGCCCCAGACCCAGCCAGACCACAGCGUGCGCCUCUUGUAAAACAAGAUUCCCAUCUAGACGAAGAUGACAAAAUAAUGCGUUCGCGGUGGCAGGAAUCGAUACGAGAACGAGCUAAUAUCGAAGCAAUCAAGAUGAGAAUAGCCAACUUAGAAAGUAGACUGGAUUUUGAUCCCAGCGACGAAGAAGAAGUGCUAGAAGGUCCUCCUCUACUGCAACAACAAGAAAGUAAUCAACUUCCGGAAAUACUGAAACCAGAAGCAGAACCUCCGAGGAACACUCUAUCCACAGAGAAGUCGAGUAUUCUUCAAGAGGAAAACGAUACUGAGCUUGAAGGCGUCAUUGACGACACUGACUUGUCUGAGUCCGAACGGGAAGAGAUCAGACAUGCGAUAGAUGAACAGGAAGGAGAUGACGCUGCGAAAACGCUGACGAGAGGAGAUACAACAAGACAACAAUCCGAGGACGCGCGAGCGACCUCGGAAGACAUCUCGAAGCAACCAGCGAAGACUUCCGCCAGUGACUUUUUUGAUAAGAAUAUUUCGGAAACGGAUGCGGAGCGGGAGCAAAGUUUCAGGUCGGCUCCAUUCGCUUACUCAUCCAAACGAGCGUCCAGCCAUCGCGUAUCGGACGGCGUGGGAGGAGCGCGCGGCCCUUCUGGUCGAACUCGAAGGAGGACUAGUUCAACAUCUUCUCGUAGUGCUGCGCUGAGCUAUCCCGCUUCCUCCUCGCUAGGCAGUCUUGCCUUAGAUGACGAUUUGUGCAUCGAGCUCUUGCACGUAGACACAACACCCAUCGGCGGAGAGCGCGGGGUCUAUUUUGUAGUGCUGGAUCACUUCACGCGCACCCUAGUUCUAGGUUUUCGGGGCACCGUGGACAUCAAUGACUGGAUCACGAAUACGUCCUUGGCGAUGGAAAAGAUAGCCCCGGACGCAGACCCGGACGAGACUAUCCACUCAGGGAUGCUGGCCUGCGCCACAAGCACCCUAAAGGAACUCGAAGAGAAGCUCGACUUCCCGGACUUUCUACCUGAGGAUUACGGUAUCGUCUGCGUGGGUCACAGCCUGGGUGCCGGGAACAGCGCUGCAAUGGGCUUUCUUCUGGCUCGCCGCUACCCGGAACUCCUCAUGGCUAAGCGCCUCAAGUGUCUCUUAGUCGCGCCGCCUGGGACUGUUUGUUCUCUGCGAUUAGCGCGUGAGAGCGAGAAGUUCAUGGUCAGCAUCGUGAACGACUUGGAUGGAGUUUGUCGCGCGCGCCCUUUGAUGAUGGUCGCAUUCCGGAAUCACUACCUGCAACUUUUGAAUGACGGGAAGCUCUCAAAACAUGACAUCAGCCAGCUAGGAGACGUGAUGGAAGCUGUCGAGAAGAAAGCUUCAGCACCCGAUGGAGCAGCUGCAGGUCGUGUAGUAGUAAAUGAGUCAGAUACAGCUGGACGAGACGCGGCAGGUGAACGUGGAGGUCCUCGUGAAGAAGUUGACGAAAAUUAUGCGCACCUACAAGCUGGCCGUCGUGGUCGUCCUGAAGGUAGCGUAUCGGAACCAUCAAGGGUUCCGCUAGCGGCUCCAAAAGCAGGCAGUAUUCCUCGUGAUGGGCGCUCCUCAAGGCGCGGCUCGCGGUCCGGGGAUAUUGAAAUGAGCAAUCCUGAUGCAGGACAAGAGGGUGGUAAUCGUGGCCGCAGUGCGCGGGAGCUGCCUCCUACAAGAGAGACCGCACAUCAGGGCGCGCGACCUCUUGCGCAAAGUCCGACCAACUCUUCAAGAAAAAAUGACAAGGGCUUCAAAACUGUUACACGAUUGAAAGCGCGCCUGUGGGACCUAUGGCACCGCGCCAACAUGAGCGGCUACCAUCCUAUGUCAUCUUUCAACGUUUUAGCAAGUCGUCAGUUUGCAGCAGCCGCUUUAGAGGAGAGACACAGGCAGUAUUUAAACCCUUCCACUCCUGCUCCUGGUGGGCAGGAACUUCUUUCAGAUGGAAGACAAAGGAGUGGCACUAGCGGAAGAGGCGCCGGGAGCGGUAAAACCGACGAACGACGUGCUGCAAAUUGUGCUCCAACUUCGUUCCCGUCUAGUGGUUCAGCACUUUCCUCUUCGUCUACAUCGAAUCCUUUUCCAGCUGAAGCCUGCAUUUCAAUGUUGACGCCAAGUGAGGUUGUCGACGAGAUACGCAGUGUUUUGGAACCCGGAGAUAUGGUCGUCGUGGCCGUCGAACAGGCGUCGGUCGAGCGCGUAGACGCUGCGUCUUUCAAGCUGCAGCGCGGGAUGGAGGGCGUCGUCCUGAACGCGCGCGGCUUGAAAGGUUGCUGGCUCGACUUUUCAGAGGCUGUCGAAGAGCAGGCUUUCUUGAGAGGAACACAUACACAAGGGCUCGGACCUGGAACUUCACCAGCACAGACCACGGGUACGGGGAGCGGGGGGUCGCUGAAUCCGGCCGAACGCGUGGAGCAUCGAGUCUACGUCAGUUGGGAAGAUUUGAUUCUGCACUUCCAUUUCGUGUUUUUCAGCAUGGAAAAGGAAUCCGCUCUGGGCUUGGGAAACAGUCACGCGGGACGUAGCGGCCGCUACAACUCUCGCCGGGGGAUGCAGUCGACGACGAAGAGCGGACGAAUGAUUUCUGCUCCAGAAACAGUGGUAUGGGCAGUUCGCAGAAUCAGAGCAGCAGCGCAUGCGAGGAUGAGUUCUCGCGUCAGCAACAGCUCCUCUGGGGGCGCCUCGCGCGAUAUUCUUCCCAUUACACCGGCACACGCAACGGGCAAGAAACUCACGAAAAGACAAGACAGCAAUUUACUCCUACCUCCUGGUGGGGUAGACGCUAGCAUAACAACAGGUGGCAGGCCUGACGACCGCGUGCUCCACGCCGAAAGAAGAGCGAUCUCGCCGUUCAUUGAGCGGACUACCACUGGCCUUAGAGGACCAAGUUCAAGAAGACCAGUCAAGGCAUCGCCUAGUAGAGGGGCCGAGGACGGUCGACUAAAAUAUGGACAGAUCUUCUUAGACAAGCUGGUAGAGCGAGUUCACGGAAGCGGAUAUGUUGCGGCUGGAGAGCGAGGGGGCCCUGCAAAAGGCGAAGCCAAAUACGAUCCAGCUCGCUUGUCUGGUGCAACAACUGGAAGCUGGGGCACUGACAGCACGACUGAAUCGAUCUUGUUUCACACAGCAUUAGCAGAUCCGAGAGCAACAGCGCUUGGACAAGACGAUGCUGCUCGCAUUUCGACGAAUGCGCGAGCCGAGCCUUUGCUAGCCUCUUUUAACCGGAAUAAUUCUAGGCAGCAAGAAGAAAUCGAGCAGUUUCCCUCAUUCACAGGUGGAGGAAAUUUGGUGAAUGCGCAGCUUGAAGAAGACUCGCUGACGCGGCCACACCUGAAAGAGCGAGUGGUGAUGGAAGACCCAUUUUUGUCAGGUGGAAACGGUGAUACAUGGACACCGGGAAAGCUUUUGCAUGUGCGCCGCCGACGCACACCAGAAGAGAAUGUAGCCUUAAUCCGUGCUGCUGGAAACGAUUUUGAGCCGCUGCUCUGUCGCCUGAUCGGCACAAGUGGAGGCCAAGAAGUAGUCGCUGGAACAAGUGCGGCCGAUCCGUCCCAGACUCAAGGAGAUCAGGUUGCUCAAGAAGGACGUGGAAACAGUUUUGGUGGUGGUCCGUUGAAUGCAAGCGGUGGUGGGGAUCUUUCUAUUCCCCAACAGACUAACCCGAUGCUCACAUUCGUCGAUACAGGCGAUCCGGAACUUGUUCAACGGCGGAUACUCCGAGAAGCUGCGCAAGCUCGCGGCAUAGCGCCAAAACCUGUGACGCCCUUCCGCGCAACGAACACGGGCGCCGUAACGGGAACCUUCGCAACGCGGCAGUCCUCUGCCAUUGACCGCAAGGUAGGUGGGGUGGUGCGAAGGUUUGCAGAAGGCGAGGCAAUUGAAAUGAUAGAAGCCUCCGCGAUUGAGAGUAGGGCCAGCAGUGUCGAUCACGAUCCUAUACUUCCGUCUGCCCCUCCUGCGAUAUCCCCCAACAAAAGAGCGCCCCCUAAAAGAAGCACAAGGAACGCGCCAGUUGCGUUGCCGCUUUCUUCUCGAGCUUUUUCUCAACAAAAUAGGAACGCCAACGCGUCAGAUGCUGUAAGAUUUGAACUACCCGAUGCGCCCAUCUUGCCCGUCCGAAAAGACUCUUCCCAAGCACAAAGACGCGUUCGAGUUAAAGAGCCUGAUCCAAAAGAAACUUAUCUUUUUUACGGUGAAGAGCGAACUAGACCAAGCGAUAACGAGUCCCCAGAGGACCGUUCUAACGCGGGCUCGACAGGUUCUAGAGGAGUAUCUACGGGCGGCCCGGCAGACGGCGGGACCGGAAGCAGCCCUCUCAGAAGUAGCCGCCGCGGUCUCUCUGGAAGGCGAUUGCGCCAGGAACGUAGAAAUCAGCUGCAAGAAGAACUGCGCAACGCUAGGCCUAGGCGUCCAGAGGCCUCGGGAAAAGAUGAGAAUGAGUCGAAUUUUGGUGACGAGGCGCAGGAUGACAUAGCUGGCGCAGAUACAACUCCUUCCUCACGACAGCAGGAACUGCGGGAGCGCACACCAUACGCCUCCUCGACACCGUCAUCAAGUGUCAGUAAAGCAGGGUCACCGUCGAGGCGAAGCUACAACACUUCCUCCACGCAGCGCUCUCGAGGUCAGAGAGCGUCUUCGGAUACAAUGCAGAGAGAUACCGGCGACCUGUUCAGUCUAGCGACGGACUUUUCCUUCAUCGAGCACAGACCCGAAGACAUGUAUGCGUACAAUCCGUACAAAUACGAUGACGAUCCGCGAAACCGUGAAGCCUUCCAGCAUAUGGACACGUAUUACCAUUUGAACCAGGCAGGAACGGGUAGAAGGCGCUCGAAUUCUAUGGAGACUGAACGAUCGCAGAGUUCUUUUGGUGCUUUUCCGACAAGGGAUAUUCAAGUAGAUGCUCCUGGUCGGUACACGACAAGCGAUACUUCUAGGUCAUAUUCACCUGGUCGGCGUCCGACACGGUUUGCGUCUAGUACAGGUCCUCGUAUUACGCCUUCCGGUCGGCGCACGGUGGCUACUUCUUCGUUGCGCGGCUAUAAUCUUCGAAGAGCGAACGCCGAUCACAAUGAAGAAAUACUCGCCGGCUUUCGUGCUGAGCAAGAACAGUAUGACGUCUUAGGCGGUGGCGGAGCCUGCAAUUGGCUCGGCCGACUCUUCCUGGGUGAUGACGAGCAUGCAGUCGCGAACUUCAAGGACGCAAACGAGCCUGACACCUGUCGGUUACGUGUUUCGGAUUCCAAAAUUGCAAGAUUCAUGAUCGACGAAAGCUGGCAUCUCUUGAACGAGUUAACUCUGGACCAUCGACGGGCGGAAGAGAUGGAACGUGAGCGGAAUAGCAGGGAGCAAAUGGCGGCCUUAAGCACCUCUAUAGCUGACAGAUCGGCGAGUGGCGGAACCAGGCCAGGAGUCGGCUCGUCAGGUGGGGUGAUGAACUUCCUGUACGGUAGAGCGACGGCCACUACAGCUGCGCUUUUUGGUUUGGGGGUACCUGUUGCUCGUGACGCAAACCAGGCCUUUCCCCUGCAUGACUUACUGCCCAACAUGAGGAUGGGCGGGGAGCCUUUACCUGAGGGCAGCAUGAGGGAUUUUGCAAGCAGAAAGAUUCAGAUGUCCUCUCCUGGUAUAAAUCGGGGCGAAGAUUAUAUAACACGCCCAGCGACUACUGUUCGGGUUACGACGCGGAUGCAGGCUGGUGCCCACGCAGUGGAUGAGGCGAUCCUCGCGCAACUGGACCGUCUGGGAGACCAAUCGCGAUCGGCACAAGUUCGCGCUAGCCGCCGAAGUAUGAACGCUGUUAACGGUGGAAGCAUGUUUACAAACAUGCUGGAGCCACAUCCCGAGCCUCGAUUUCUCUCUGUGCAUGAGAACGCACUAGGAAGCGUUGUCUCUUCAGCACCUGCUCUUGGUCCUACUUCUUCUAGCUACAGUAACGCGGGAGAGGAUGGAAAUCCAAAUCCGUCAUCUUCACGAGCCCGAGGGAACAGUAGACUAGGCAGUAGACAACUGCUUCCGUCUUCCUCUCGAGGUCUUUCUGGUGGUGCGGAUAUCGAAAUGACUGAGCCCGGGAACUACACCUCGUCGAGAAAUCGUCUAGCCGUGCCUCCAAUAACAGCAGCGGCGUCUAAGCAGGAGAGGAGGCCCGCGGACGAUGCCGAGGAAGACGUGUUUCAAAUCGAUGGGGAAGGCAAUGUCCUUAGUGUGACGAGAAGACGAACAACGAGUCAAUUAGACCUUCCAGUAAACCUCUCAAGCUCAGCCCAAUUUAUUUCCCAAGAGGAGACAGAUGCAGCGGUGGAACCUACUCCUACUAUGAGAAUGGACCGCCAGACUGGUCGGCCAUCAACAGCGACGACUGUGUGUGAGAAUCAAUACGUCAAGGAAGAGCGCGAGUGGUAUGGUGUGUGGAUCACGCGCGAUGAGUUGAAUUUCACGCAUAAUGCUCCCGAAGUCUUCACCGAUCACGGUCAGCAUGCGUAUGAAGAGUCUCUGCGUUACAUUUUCAGGAUGUUUUUCGCCGAACAAGAGCUACAAAUGCUAGACGAAGGGCGUGGGCCUCGUCACGGCGGGAAAUCUAACGUCCCAAAAAGUGUCGUACAAUCACCUGCAAAUGAGGCGGUGGACUUCGACGUGGAACACAAACAUAACAUGUUCUACGAGCGUAUCCUUUCCCCGAAUGCGGAUAUGACAAGGUUUGCGGAAGAAAUUGGAGCUGAUCGAGAGCAGCACCAAGAACAACGUGGAGACCAACCGAAAAAAGAACAAACGCGUGCAACUAAACCUAGACGGACCCAGAAAGCUGAUGAUAACAAUGGCUGGUCGUCUUCUAGCUCGAACACAGAAAACGAAUACCACCCACAUGUGUUUGAUUUCACUCGGCAAGGUUCGCAUGUUGCGGAUUCUGGUGGUGCUUCCCCUUCGCGUCGGAGCGACAUGGAAAUCGAUUUGCCAAGAGUGCGGAAGGCUGCGGAAGAUACGAGGAGCUUGAAAGCCAGACCUAAGCCCGAAGUUUCCUCACAUCGGAGAAAGACCGGCCAUGUCUAUUUCUAAGAAACAAUAUGCCCAUAUCCAUAUGCUCUCUUUCUCUCAGAACUAUGUGGAACUGGAAGCAAAAAAACGAGAAGCACAAACAUCACUGCUUGUGGUAGUUGUAGUUCCCUUUAAUUUCUGAUUAUCAUGCUCAGUCAU